UUGCAGUGGAAACAAUUUAUCGCUCUUCUACGAGCCCCGGCCCCCUAACGCUGCAGAUCUCGAGUGGGGAGGUCGGACGGGCCGGGGAGGGGGCGGGGGAGAGGAAAGAAAGGAGGCCGACUGCAGCAGGUCCCAUGUCUCUCUCUCCCCUUCCUCCUCCUCCUCUUCCCGCUUCUGUUCCCCACGACCACCUCCUUCCUCGAUACAGCUUGCUGCACAUUGUUAGCCAGGGGAGGAAGCAAUGUGCACUUCCAUCAGAUGAAAGUUUGUAACCUCACGCCCAAGGGCAGCGGUGGAAUCUAAUCCCACCCUCCACCUCCUUCUCCCUUCCCACCCCACCCUGACCCUACCCCCAGCUGAAGCCAGGAGCCUCCACCUAAAUGGGUCCAGUCAUGCCUCCCAGUAAGAAGCCAGAGGGCUCAGGAAUUAGUGUUUCCAGUGGCCUGAGCCAGUGUUACAGAAGUAGUGAUUUGUCCAAGUCCCUUCACGACGACGAUGACCUCGACUUUGCCUUGCCUGCCAUCAGAUUAGAGAAGGGGGCGAUGGAAGAUGAAGAGCUCACUAACUUGAACUGGUUGCAUGAGAGUAAGAACUUGCUAAAAAGCUUUGGGGAUUCAGUCCUCAGGAGUGUUAGCCCUGUUCAGGACAUUGAUGAUGACACCCCCCCAUCUCCUGCUCACUCUGACAUGCCCUAUGAUGCCAGGCAGAACCCCAAUUGUAAACCUCCUUAUUCUUUUAGCUGCCUCAUAUUUAUGGCCAUUGAAGACUCUCCAACCAAGCGACUACCAGUAAAGGAUAUAUACAACUGGAUCUUGGAACACUUUCCAUAUUUUGCAAAUGCACCCACGGGGUGGAAAAACUCAGUGAGACACAAUUUGUCAUUGAAUAAGUGUUUUAAGAAAGUGGAUAAAGACCGAAGCCAGAGUAUUGGAAAAGGGUCCUUGUGGUGUAUUGACCCAGAAUAUAGACAAAAUCUCAUACAGGCCUUGAAAAAGACACCCUAUCACCCAUAUUCACAUGUGUUUAAUACACCUCCCACAUCUCCUCAGGCAUAUCAAAGCACAUCAGGUCCACCUAUCUGGCCGGGAAGCACCUUUUUCAAGAGAAACGGAGCCCUUCUACAAGAUCCUGACAUUGAUGCUGCCACUGCCAUGAUGCUUUUGAAUACUCCCCCUGAGAUACAAGCAGGUUUCCCUCCAGGAGUAAUACAAAAUGGAACCCGGGUUCUGAGUCGAGGUAUAUUCCCUGGAGUUAGAGCACUGCCAAUCCACCCCAUCGGAAUGGCGGCUGCUGGGAGGAAUGGCAUGACCAGUUGUCGGAUGCGGACAGAAAGUGAGCAGUCCUGUGGCUCUCCGGUCGUUAGCGGUGACCCAAAGGAAGAUCACAAUUAUAGCAGUGCCAAAUCUUCCAACCCCAGGAGCACCUCCCCAGCCAGUGACUCCAUUUCUUCUUCCUCUGCCGAUGACCAUUAUGAGUUUGCUACAAAGGGCAGCUGCGAGGGCAGUGAGAUUAGCUUCCAGAGUCACGAGAGCCAUAGUGAAACCGAAGAGGAUGACAGGAAGCAUAACAGAAAGGAGACCAAGGAUUCUUUAGCUGACAGUGGGUAUGCGUCACAGCACAAGAAAAGGCAGCAUUUAUCCAAGGUGAGGAAAGUCCCUAGUGAUACGCUGCCCCUUAAAAAGCGACGCACAGAGAAGCCCCCUGAGAGUGACGACGAGGAGAUGAAGGAAGCAGCUGGGUCUCUCUUACACUUAGCAGGAAUCCGAUCCUGCUUGAACAACAUCACCAAUAGGACGGCAAAGGGGCAGAAAGAGCAAAAGGAAACCACAAAAAAUUAAAACAAAUCACUGAUUUGUUUUGAACUUACUAAAAAAAAAAUUUGUUUCAGCACGUCAGGAGAAUUCUAAUGAUUUGUGGCAAUAUCAACAAUUUUUUUCCCUUUUGGUUUGGUUUAAUUUUUUUUUGGACCCUUAAGAUUUUUUAUUUUUAAAGGAGAUUGAAGCCAUAGAACUCGUACUGACACUCAGCUGUUUUACAAAAGCUUUUCAUUAUCUGAAGACAAAACCAUAAAAAGCCAAAAUUUACAUUGCUUUCUCCAGCUUGUCAGAAUACAUGGUUGAAUAUGCCGUGACACCCGCUUUAAUGCAGUGGAAGUACAAUUUGGCACCAGUUACCCGUUGGCACCUAGAGGAGAUGUGCACAAAUCAGUCAUUGGUCAGGCCCAACCCCUAGGAUUAAGAAAUUAAAAUGUUCACAUGAUUGGGUUAAUGAUUUGAAUGUGAAUUAAGGAGAUUUGGGGAAAGCAGGAAGGCCUUCCGUCUUGACAGAACCGGGAACCAGCCAGUGGCACUGUGGGUUCCAGGGGUGACGUUGCAAGUCUGGAGUUGCCACAUGUCAGGCACGGUGGUUUCCUGCUUUAACAUACCCUGUGGCUUAGAAAUGUAAAGACUGAUGCCUUUUUAAGUGGUGGAAACUGAACUGUGUAUGUGAUGGGUUUCAGUGAAUGAUGAGAAGGAAAAGGGCAAAUUGUUAGAGAUCUCACUAAUCAUUGAAUUCUGUCUUCUAUAGUAGAUUCAGAAGCCAUAAACCCGAAGAUUGGCACUGCGUACAAAAAAUAACAAUAAUGCAGAGAACAAGCUAUGUCUUCUUAACUGCCUGAGUGAAAAGCAAUCAAGUCUAAGAAAUUACAGUAGAUAUUAAGGAAGGAAAUAAUGAUACAGAUCUUUUUCCGUGGAUCCAAAAAUAUUUGAUCUAGUUUUUAAAAAAUUUAGAAGCUACAAAACCUGCCAUUAGUAUUAUGAUGUGUUUUUAAAAAAAAUUUGUUUUCAAGGCAUAUUGGUGGACAAGAAAAUAAUAUCUACCAAAAAGAGCUCCUAAGCUGCCCUCAAAAUGGAGUUUUCAGUUAAUGUCAGUCAGGAUUCAUCUGUGCAAAAAUCAUUGAUUUCCAGAUUCACCCAGUGUAGCCAGCAAGAAUAUCUGAUCCACAGUGCAUGGAUUCCUUUGAGGAAAACAAAACAAGAAAUCACAAAAAAAAACAAAAACAAAAAAACAAAAAAAACUUUUUUUAUUCAAAGAUAACAAAGUUCUUGUAAGGUAAAUAAUGUAUUUAGCAUGAAGCAUGAAUUAUUUUCAUAUAAAUAUAGAAAAUAGAGAAAAGGCUAUGCCUCUAAUUUUUAAGCCUUUAGGCUUAGAAGUUUUUUGUUUUUUUGUUCUGGUUGGGUUUUUUUUUUAUUGUUGUUGGGUUUUUUUGUUUGUUUGUUUUGUUUUGUUUGUUUUGUUUCUGGUUUUUUGAAGCAGGUGUUUAAGGUUUAACCUUCUUCAGGGACAAACACUGACUGUUGGGGAAUUUACUCUGCAAUAUAUAUAAAUAUAUAUAUAAAAACUCCACGCUCUGGUAGGGCUUGGAUGGUUGAACUAUACUGCCUUGUCUGAACAUUCAGCCCCCUUCUCCCCCCACCCUGAUUUCUCUGUUUAAAAAAGUGUGUCCUUUCUCUUUGUCUGUACAUGUCUAACAUGACGCAAUAAUUUGAGGGCAAAUUUAGUAGUGAGUGUGUAUGAUAGAAUCAGGAGAAUAAUGGGAAGCUGAAACUGAGAAAAUCAUGAUGAUUUGGUUCUAGGAUAGAUGGCAGUGAAUAAUUAUGCAAAUUUGCCCCUAAGGAGGAAGAAGAAAUUGCUAACAGGCCUUAUCUGAUGAUGGUAUGAAAUACGGUACAGUGUUCAGGAGACAGUGACACAGGUGGUAGAAAUGCAACUCCCAGGACAUUUUACAGUAACAAUAGAAUAUAAAAAGAGGCAAGAGGAAGUCCCUGCUCUCCAUUUCCUCAGUGCUCUAGAAUUUUCUCCUAAAAUCAUCUGAAUCAAGAGGAUACUAUAUAACAGGGCAACCUAGUAAAAAAGCAGAAACCCCUCUUAUUUUUCAUUUCUAUUAAAAAAUGCAAGUAUGCCUAUAAUGUCUGGGGUUUUUUCUCCUUUUCAGAAACCUGAAAAGCUAACAACAGAAAGAUCUGAUAUUUUGCCUCACCUCCCCAGUGAAUUGAAAUUAAGACAAACCAGUUGCCACCUGAUAUGGAAGGACCCUGCUAAUUUUGAUUAAGAAACAGAAGGCUCCUGCAAGGGGUUCAGAUCCAUCUGUGGGUGUUUGGUGAGGGAAAGUAGGCCUUUAAAUCAAAGGAAGAAGGCCAGUUGGCCUACACUGCAGAGUUGUUUUGCUCUGAUUCAGUGAAGAGGGAACUCUUUGUUUCAUAAAUAUAUCACAAGUAGAACCAGUUAAUUGAGCCUGAAUUCCUCUUUUGCCGAUUCAGCAGCAUUACUCAGGCAAGAUUCUGUCACUAAAGGAUGAGUAUUUUUGUUUCAGUGAAUGGGGAUAGAAGUAAAGGCAAUCUGUUCUCUCGGGCUUCUAGGAUCUUUGCACCAUGAAGGAGGUCACCCCAAGACAGAAUGAAUCUGAGUUCUCCUUCCAACCAUCUUGUCAUUGUUUUCUGCCCUUCAAUCCCUGCAGAUUGAUAGAAGAGAUUCCCCUCCCCAGCCUCUCUCCCUCUAAAUCAUAUUUAAUCCAUAUUCUCAGAACACAUUCAAGCCUGAUUCUGGCAAAGUGUUGUUCCUUCCAGUAAGUACCUGUAAACAGUUCCUGAUCAUUUCACUUUUAAAUGAGCAAAGGCCCUUUUUAGAAAACCAUAAAAUGUAUCAUGUAGUUUCUUGUUUUGUUCUCUUUGAGAAGCAGAUCUUAACUAAGUGUUGUAUUCUUUACUCUUGAACCACUCUUUUGCUUAAAUACCUCAAUCAGCAACUUUCCAAGUGUCAUUUUUCCCAAGUCUCACUUUGUUGGAGCAACUUUAGCAGAGGCUCAUUCUUCUCCUCUUGAUUUUGAAGCUUACACGUUGUACAUAACCAAAACAGUGAGUCAGUACAGAAUCACAGGAUCUGAAUUGGAAGGAGCCUCUGAGACCAUCCUGUCCAAUCCAUAGCAGGCCAAGAGUCUCCUCUGUAACAAAUCUGAAACUGGGUCAUGCAGUUUUUCCAUGAAGACCACUACCAUGGUGGAACCCACUAUCUCUUGAAGAAGCCCUUUCAAUAGUAGCUGUAAUUGUGAGGAAGGUUUUCCUUCCAACAACCCAAAAUGUGUGUCUCUUCUAUUUCCCUCUGCCCAUCUCCACUCUGAGGAUAAGUUUAAUCUAUUUUCCACCUGUCUCCCUCUGAUUCUGUUUCUCUCAGUUCCAUCCCAAUGAUCCUCAUAUGGCAUGAUCUUAAAGGCUCUUCACUGGUCACCCUUCUCUGGAUACUCUCCAUCCUAUUCAUGUUCUUAAGUGGCACCCCAAACUGAGCACAACUCUCCAGAUGGGAUCUGACCAGGGCAGAAUGCACUAGGAUUUUUCCCUUCCCUUGUCCUGUACUAGACCUGUCUAAAUGUAGCACAUGAUAUCAGAUUUUAUUUUAUUUUUUUGGCUGCAAUAUCCCUCUAUUCACUUCAUGGAGCUUAUCAUAUCCUUGAAUCCCUAAAUCUUUUUCAGAUUAACUGCUGUCUGACCUAUUUUGAACUUAGGAAGUUAAUUUUUGGAAGCCAUCAUAAGACUUUAUUUACAUAUUCCCCUAAUUUCAUCUCAUUAAUUUUUGAAUCUGUGCCCUAGCCUUUUAGGAUCUCUUGGGCUCCUGAUUUUGUAAUCCAGUGUGUUGGCCAGCCCUCUGAGCUUUGUGUGAUCUGCAAGUUGGUCAGUAUUACAUCUAAGGCUUUUAUCCAUGUCACUGGGGUGAACCAGCCCCUAAGACACUCUAACAGACACUUCCUUCCAUUAAUUACUGUUCUUUUGGUUUAACCUAUUUCAAAUGUACCUGACUUUACUGUGGUUUAGACAGCAUCUUCCAUCUUUUCCAUAUUACUAGAACGAGACACACUAUUCCAAACUUCAUUAACAUCUCGAUAAUCUCCAUCCAUGACAUUCAGGGGACCUACUAACCUGCACUUUUAGCAUAGAUAAGAGUCACUUGCCUGGGGCCAGAAGAUAAGCCUGGAAUACUCUAUGCAGAUCACAGUAAAAUUCACCUUUCAUGCCAUGCUUUCUCACUCUUGCUAGUAGCAUUUAGGGCCAACUCCCAUGAAAAGCAUUUACAUUUAACAUUUUAAAAGAAAAUUUUUAGCCGUGAACCUGGGGAAUGGGGAGGAAAAGGGGGCAGGGAGUGCUAUUUAUAAUGUACCUAGUUGAAGAACAGGAUGGUCAAUGCCUUUGAAGGCAAAGGGACAGGAGACAUGCAGUGCAGUAAAAAAAUUAAGCAAAGCCCUGUUUGUGAAAGAAUAUUUUGCAUAAACUUAAUCCACUUGAGGCCUAAGAUUCCCUUCCAGCCUUUUGAUCAUUCAUCUUCCAGUACCCAUUUAUUAGUUUGUCCUAAUAAACUUACCUACUCACCAUUAGGAAGUGUUUUUCAUUCUGUUUUCAUAAUUGGUCUUUUGGACCUUGGUGGCUCCAAGCAGAGCAUUUCAGCAGCGUUUAAAACUACCUUAAGUGGCCUAGAACAUACAUGUACUCUGCAACCUAGAAUCACAUAUUAUUGGCUCUGACACACUUAAGAGAAUAUCUUUAGGUUUUUUCUUAAAUGAUGUACAUGUAGACAGUUUUUUAAAAGAUUCUAUUAGAUGUCAUUUAAUCUUCCCUCAGUACUCAGAAAAGGGAUUGCAUUAUUGAUUUCCCUUCCUGCCCUACCCGUAGUAUUCCAUAAUUUCUCCCUUCCCACCCCAACAGAUCUUUAGAUUUCCCAGAGUUCCUUGGUAUAGUUACCUAUGUAGGAAGUUACCAAAUCUUUGUUGCAGUGGUGUUCCCCCCAGAAACCCAGUCCCAGCUAAGCAAGUGAUGAAAGAUUUUUGACCUGAUCCAAUCAUGGCAAUUGUUUUAAGGUCUUUGGAAAGCUAUGUAACUAAAUACAAAAGAGAUCUGUAACAGGCCUGGCCUGAAAAUCCUUUGCCUUUUCUAAGACGAAUUCAGGUAUUUGGGGCUAGCAUUGUUGUUACUGACAGCACUUCAGGUGAAAAGCCAGGAAUACCUUCAAUGGGAUUCAGGAAAUGCUGAGCUGCAAAUGACUGGAGCUUCUAGAGAGGAAAUCUUUUUGAUGGCUUCUCCCACUCCAUGCCCUCUUUUCCUUCCCCCAAGUCCUGCUAUACACAAGGACUAACCGUUGUCCAAGUGAUGUCAAACAUAUGCCUAAAAAACGAAGUGUAUGUUAUUCCCACACUGUGUUCAUUGGUCUUCAGCCACAUCACCGAAUGAACCGAAUGGAGUGGUAACCAGAAGUUACUCACAAGUGACCUGAUGAGAAGUAUUUAGGAUAUGGGAUUGGAUUAAAUAUAUGUUGUUUUGGUUGGUUGUUUUUUUUUUUAAACCCACCUCACCUCAUUCAGAAUGGGAAUGGUUUCUUUGUGGUGGAUCACAGCUUGCCCGGAUAUGACAAAAAUUUUUUUGGUAGACAAGCAACUUGUUUAAUCUUCUAGAUUUUGCCACCAAAAGACCCUUUGGACCAUGUGCAUCCUCCUCUUGACCAUGCCUGCAUUAUCAGUGUUGACUGUUAAAUCCCCAGUAUCAUAGUUCAUAACCCUCCAGUUAUCUAUCGAACACUGUUAUGCACAUAAUCCAGCACUGUGAUCUAAUUUAAAUAAUACUUUUUUAUUAUUUAUACUACUAUAGAUGAUAGACAUCAACACUUUUUUGCUAUAUAACCUAAGUGAUAACCCUCUCUUAGUUACCUGCCAAACUCUGAAAUUGUUUGGUUUCUAUUGCAGUUAGCACAGCUACAACAAUGUCGUAACAAUGUCUUUUUUUCCUUCGUAUCGUGUAAAUCAAAAGUAUAUACAUUGUGUGUGCGGUUUCUGUUUCAAGCUGGAGUUUUGCAAGGAUUUACACUUAACAUUCGAUGUUCUGUAUACUUUUGUGAACCAUCUGUUAAUCCCCUCUUCCUUGGAACAAGCACCCACCAAGGUUGCUUCUUUUCCUUUAUUUUCUUUCUAUUCUUCCCUCAUUCUGGUUUAUUCUUGAAUUAAGCACAGACUUGUCAACUGGGUUGCUUCAUCAUUAAUAGUGUACCCAACAUUGCGAUUCUUCCAUGUUUUGACGAAUAAGUGCUAAUUUCACUGACCAAAAAUUAGGGGAAGGAUAAGGAAAACAGAAUAAAGAAAAAACAACUCUUAAAAAAGUCCAAACCUGAUGUGUCUAUAAGGUGCUGCAUCACUGUUGUUGCACAUUUGAAAAUCAGAGAUGUCAUGAUCACUUCUAACUUAACCAUGCUAACAAGUAGCCUUCCUCUUUGUUGGUGUUUUCUUUGUGAUCAUUGAAACCAAGAAUAUUUAUUUGGAAAGAUAUGAACAGUGUUGUAUUUUUUUUCACUGUAUUGCAUUUGCAACAGGUGCAGAAUGGCCUUCUCUACCUUUUGCAAAGUAAUUGAUAUUCCAUAUUGGAUUCACAAAGACUUCGAUAUGGUUGAGCUAUCAUACCUAGCAAUCGUAUUUCAUCCUUUUUUAUUACUGUGGCCUGAAAUCCCCAAUCCCUUCUUAUAGAUUGAAACUGAGCUCACUUUCAGUUAUUUAAACCUGAAACACUUCUCGAGUAUGUAUGUAUGUGAAGGCCACUUAUUUAAGGUCAUAUUGUCUUGCAUUCAGUAACCAAUUUCACAUGUGUGUCAUUCACACUCACUACGUUAACUGCCAUGGCAAAAAUAUCAAGGGGAAAAAGUAUUCGUGUGUCUAGAAAACAUUAUGCACCUGUACUUUUUUCUACUCUGAUUCUGUAACACUUCUGAGUUCAGUUUUUUGUUUUGUUUAACAAUGGAUGAAAAAAGCAAUCAAAAGACUGAGAGAUUUAGGGGUCAGUUGAUCUUCACUGGCCAAUAACUUUACCUGGCCAAAUUAAUUUUAGUUGAGAAGUUACUGUUCAAAAGCCAAUUUUUUUUCUUGUAUUUGCUGUAUGAAACUGCCAAUAUGAAUAGAAAAUGAGAACCACGAUGGAGGAAGAAAAAGUAAUAUUAAGUUGUAUUUUUUGUUACCUAAGUGAGCAGUCCGAAGGCAAGAGUGAGCAGCUGAACUUUAGGGAAUGAGAUGGUGUUGAUUUAGAGGCAUACAUACCUGCAUUUUACAUUUUCUUGAUGUGUAAUCAUAUUGCCAAAGACAAACUAUUUCAUCAAUUAUUGUAAAUAACACUUUUCCCCAAACCUACCAUAAAGUUUCUGUGAUGUAUUGUCUUCCAGUUGCAAUAAAAAUUACUGAGUUGCAUCAAUUGAAGAAAAAAAAGUAGUAGUGUGUGUACCGACUCUCAAUAUGUAAAUGUUGAGCAGUAAAAUAAUUUAUAUUUCUUACCUGC